UGUUCAAUUUACGACAGCAACUGGAUAGUGUCCGUAGUAGCAGUACCGGUGGUAAUGCCAGUGACAACGACGAUGUCAAUGACAGUGGUGAUAUUGACGAGUCAAGCAAUUUGAAUCCUACUAGACCUAGUACUAGUGCAAAUAGUACUAGUACACUCAAUAAGUCUAGCUCUACACCAAUAUUGUGCACUAAAAAUAAUGUUCUUAAAGCAGAAAUUUUGUGGACACUUUACACUGUGUCAAAACAUCAUUCAUACAAAUCUAAUGAAGAAAUUCCAUUAUUAUUCAGCCAAAUGUUUCCAGACAGCAAAAUUGCAAAACAAUUCAGUUGUGGAGAAAAAAAAUCAGCAUAUUUAUGUGUUUGGACUAGCUGAACAUUUCAAGAGUUGUCUUAUGGAUGGCUACUACACUGUUCUUUUUGAUGAGAGCCUAAAAAAGGAGUAAAAAAAACAACAAAAACAGAUGGAUGUACAUGUGCACUAUUAGACAGACAACAGAGUAGUUACCAGCUACUUGGAUUCAAAAUUCCUUGGUAAGGAUAACAAUUAGCAUUUCUUUAUUUUUGAUUAGACCCUAUAUAAUUAGAAACAUAAAUUAAAAAAGUUAAAUAGAUAGAUAAUGUCUUACUAAUUCUAACCUCUAGGCCUGUUUCUCGGUUAUUGGGAACCGGUCUGACUCGAAUAAAUGAUUUGCAAAGAAAAUAAAAACUUAGAUUUUAUUUAUUAAAAGUUUAUAAACAUUCUGUUAAAAUUUUAUAAACAGUAUGUUGCAAUUUAUUAAUUUGUAUGUGUUUUUAUUUUAGGUCAUGCAACUGCAGAAGACAUGGUUGCGCAUUUCGAAGAAGCAGUAGAGAUUUUGAAAAACCCAAAUAAGCAUGACAUCAUGAAUAAAAAAAUGUUGAAUGACUUCCAGUCAUCUCUGGUGAAUAUUGAUUCCUGUGGUCUUCACGUAGUGAACAACAGUUUUAAGACAGGGGUAAAAGUUUCCUCAUGGGCCAUAGAUUCUUUGUUGUCUGCACUAUAUUAUUUGUUCAAAGAUUCUCCAGCAAAGACGGAGGACUUUGAACUUUUGACCAAGAGUUCCAGGUUGCCACUGAAGUUUGUCAACUGCAGAUGGCUGGAGAACAUACCAGUUGCUGAGAGAGCCCUGGAAGUGUGGGAUAAUAUAGUAAGGUUUGUGGGAGCAGCUGAGGCUAAAAAAAGUGAUCAGCCAACAUCAACAUCCCAUGCGAUCAUUAAAGAGAGUGCUGGUGACAAGCUCAUCAAGGUAAAGAUUAAUUUCUUCCAGGUGGUGGCUGGAGAAAUGCAGCCAUUUCUUCAGAAGUACCAAACGGACAGGCCAUUGGUUUGCUUUUUGUCGUUGACUUAUCUUGUAUGGUAAGAGGAUUGAUGAGAAGAUUUAUA